AGCAGCGCGUCGGAGAGGAGCGGCUGUAAAAACCAAAGUGGGGCAAUGAGACAAGCUGCGCCACAGCUGGCAAAUCAUCGAUUUGAGCAUCAGAAACGGGGAGGGGCGGUUCGUUUACCUGCCACCCUCUCAAAGCAGCCCUUCCUCACAUGCCGCUACUCUCCUCUCUCCUCUACUUCACCCCCGCUGCCCGCAGCGCACGGUUGCUCGCAUUUCUGCGCUCCAUCCGCCGCGUGUGCGCUCUUGCAACUUCAACCUCCCGCCUGAGCGGUUUCUUCAAGACGACUCCCUCCCCCUCACCCUCAUCCUCACCCUCCUCCUUCUCUCAGACACAGGACUUUUGACUUUUUUAAAGCAGUUUUUUCCUCCCACAGAGCAGUUGCCUAUUUUUGGAUCUCUCGCGGUGGAGCAGUGACAAGAGGUUGCUCAACUUUUGAUGGAAAACAAGAGGUCGGGCGACUGCUGACUUUAAAGGUGAUAGUGAGCAGAGGUGCUGAGAAUGAUGGAACAUCUCAGCGAGGCGUGUUUGGGCAAGGAGAACUCCGAGCUGGUCAACAGCAUGGCCGAGGCCAAGGCCCCUCCGGCCAAGCUGCCCCGGCUGGAGCAGAACGGCAGCCCCCUGGGCCGGGCCAGGCUGGGCAGCACCGGAGCCAAACUAGCCGGGGUCCCUUACAAGCCCACCGGGCACCUGCUGAAGACCUGCCACAAGAGAGGCAACAUGCUGCCGGUGUUCUGCGUGGUCGAGCACUACGAGAACCCCAUGGAUUUUGACAGCAAGGAGGAGCACGCCGAGUUCGUCCUGGUGCGCAAGGACAUGCUCUUCAACCAGCUCAUCGAGAUGGCCCUGCUGUCGCUAGGCUACUCCCACAGCUCGGCCGCCCAGGCCAAAGGCAUGAUUCAGGUGGGGAAGUGGAACCCCGUCCCGCUGUCCUAUGUGACAGACGCACCGGACGCUACAGUGGCUGACAUGCUGCAGGACGUCUACCACGUGGUCACGCUCAAGAUCCAGCUGCACAGAAAUCUAGCCAGUAACACCUUAAAUUGUUUCGCCGAGCACAACGAGCCAGGAAGUUGUCCUAAGCUGGAGGACCUGCCGCCCGAGCAAUGGAGCCACUCUACAGUAAGAAACGCCCUCAAGGAGUUACUCAAAGACAUGAAUCAGAGCUCUCUGGCUAAAGAAUGUCCCUUAUCACAGAGUAUGAUUUCCUCCAUUGUGAACAGCACUUACUAUGCAAAUGUGUCGGCGGCGAAGUGUCAGGAAUUUGGGCGCUGGUAUAAACAUUUCAAGAAGACAAAAGAUAUGAUGGGCAUGCGCCAACCCUCCCAGCUGGAGGGCUACCUGGGGACAUGUGUCCUCCGUGAGAGCCCCCGUGCCAAUGCACUAGCAGAGAUGGACGGCCUGUCUGACCUCUCUCCACCCGGCUCCAACCAUAACCAUAACCACAACCACAACCACAACCACCUGGGCUUCUCCCAGCAGCAGCAGCCUAUCCCCGGCAGCACAGCAGAGCAGACCCCUUCCUCGCCUGUACCCCCGCUGUCUCACGCCCCUCCACCGCAUGGAGGCCAGACCGGCGGGCGGCAGCCCCAGCUUCCUGGUCUGCACCACCCAGGCCUGGUGUCCACCCCCAUCAGCCCCCAGCUGGUCAACCAGCAGCUCGUGAUGGCACAGAUCCUCAACCAGCAGUACGCUGUGAACCGGCUGCUGGCGCAGCAGUCCCUGUCGCAGCAGUACCUCAACCACCCACCUGUCAGCCGCAACUCCCACACCAAACCCAUGGAGCCACAGGUGGCGUCCAACAGUGAGGUGUCCGUUGAGAUCUACCAGUGGGUGAGGGACGAGCUGAAACGGGCCGGAAUCUCACAGGCAGUCUUCGCUCGCGUGGCCUUCAACAGAACCCAGGGCUUACUGUCCGAGAUUCUACGCAAAGAGGAAGACCCUAAGACAGCAUCCCAGUCUCUGCUGGUCAACCUGCGGGCCAUGCAGAACUUCCUGCAGCUGCCGGAGGCCGAGCGUGAUCGCAUCUACCAGGACGAGAGGGAGCGCAGUCUGACGGCGGCCUCGGCAAUGGGCGCCGCUCCUCUCAUCAGCACUCCGCCCAGCCGACCUGUUCAGCCUCGGAGGGAAGACUGCAACAGCGUGAGGCCCGAGGACUGGAAUCCACGGAUCCCUGUGGGCAUUUCUCCUGUGAAACCGCAGCCUCUGCCCAGCGAAUGGAACGGCAAGACAGAGAGCUGCAUCCUCAACAUCAACUCCACCAUCUACGACGAGAUCCAGCAGGAGAUGAAGAGGGCCAAAGUUUCCCAGGCGCUGUUUGCAAAGGUUGCCGCCUCAAAGAGCCAGGGCUGGCUCUGCGAGCUGCUGCGUUGGAAGGAGGAUCCCUCUCCAGAGAACCGGACGCUCUGGGAGAACCUCUCCAUGAUCCGCCGCUUCCUGAGCCUGGCCCAGGUGGAACGUGACGCCAUUUACGAGCAGGAGAGCAGCGCCGGGCAGCAGCAGCACCACAACGAGCGGCCGUCCCACCUAAUGCACAUCACCGCCGACCAGCUACAGGCUCAGCUACCCCAGUCUCAGCAGCAGCACCAGCCCUCCCUGUCCCUCCAGCACCCCUCCCAACCCCUUUUGUCCCAGCAGCCUUUGCAGCAGCAGCAGCCCACCACAGGCCCUCGGUUGCCGCCUCGCCAGCCCUCCACCGCCUCCCCCGCCGAGACGGAGGACGAUGGCAGCCAGGGAAGGAACAUCAAGGCUCGCACCGUCGGAGGGAAGAUCUCGCUGGAGGCUCUGGGCAUCCUGCAGAGCUUCAUCCAGGACGUGGGUCUGUACCCGGACGAGGAGGCCAUCCACACCCUGUCGGCCCAGCUGGACCUGCCCAAGCUCACCAUCAUUAAGUUCUUCCAGAACCAGCGCUUCUACGUCAAUCACCCAGCCAAGGCGCUCAAGGAGCCCAAUAACAACAACAACAGCUCUGUGGCGACCACCAACACCAGCAGCAGCAGCAGCUCCGCCUUCGAGGAGGAGCUGACGGACUUCAGGGAGAGCGGAGAGCUGCUGAAGGAGCUGGAGGAGAACACGCAGACCAACAGCACCAUCUUCUCCAUCAAGAUCGAGGAGCAUCUGAGCCGAGGCGCCGAGGCCCAGGCCGAGAUAGAACACGAGGCCAAGGAGUAGACUCUCCCCGUCUUCACACGCGCCGAGAGUUUUCAUGUGAACACAGACAGACUAGUGACUGUGCUAAAUGUAACGCUCGGGCCCCCCACACAGAACCACCACACCGCGAAUCAAGAAAAGUAGUGUUUUUAAUGAAAACAGCUCCUGGACUGUUCGGAGGAGUGUUUAUAUAUAUAUCUGUAACAGACUGACAGGCUAUGUGGAGGGAGCGUUCACACACUGGAGAGCCCAUUUCAGACUCAAGUACUACUUUUUGGAUUUUGUAAAACUUGUAUUAUUCACUGUAAAGACUGAUGCAUCAUUUAAAUAAUCUGCACAAAAAAUUAUUAAGUAUGUUGCCGUGGAUAUUUGCUGACUGCACUCAAUGUCUGUUGUUUUACACUGACUUACUUUAUCUUUUUUGAGCUACUGAUUCUAUUUAAAAAGACAAAAAAGUACCCCCCCCCCUCCUCCUGGAGUUUGUCAGGACUUUGAUAGGUGUUUACGUAUGUGAUGUUUAACUGGAUUUUUUCAAGAAAAAAAAAAAAAAUGAAAUCGAGGACCAAGUGGUUGACAAGGCCUUAAUCAUGAGGUAUGGCGUGCGGCGCCUGCUGGCGGAGGAGUUCUUCUUUUAAAGAGCGCGUCAUGUGAUUCUGAAUCAAACUCUGGAACGCGAUCGCCCCCGCCCGCCCGCCAGCCUAGGUGCAUCUCCGAGAACAGCUCAGUCUUUACAUAUUAUUUGUUAGGGAGGAAAUAUAAAUAUAUAUAUAUAGACAUUAUAUUGUAACUGUAAAAAAAAAGAUACAGUCUUAAAGAAACUAUGCCAACAAAUGCCUUGUACUAUACGGCACUGCCGAUGUUAGAUUAUUUUGCAAAACCUUUGUCACUGUAACUUUCUGAAUUUGCCACACACAGUUAGAAAUGUGAAUUCUCCACCAUGUUUUUUAUGUUGUCUGACAUUAUUUAUUUGCAGUUCAUGCAGUGUUUUCGAUGUAAUUACUUCCUUUUUUUUUUUUUUUUUUACUUUUGUUAUGUAGAGCUUUUUUUUUUUCUUUUUCUUUUUUAACUCCACCCGUUCUGUUUUCUAUUUAUAAAUGUGAUUUUUCGAUGGGCAGUAAAAACAAAAAGUGUCUUAAACGUUUUAAAUGGACAAAUGUGCUUUAAAGGUUGCCUAUUAAAAAAAAAAAAAAGUGCUGUACGUCAACCAACUCAUGCUACAAGCUUCACAAUUAAUGUUGUAUGCAAUUUUUACUAUCAUGCAAAUAAGCUUAGGUAAAAUGACUAACCUAUAGAACACCUUAGAGAGAAAAACAUAUGCAAUCUGUGUGAAAAUCGAUGUCUGCGAUGUGUCUUCCUUUGGUUAACGAUCCAAUUCAAAAAGCUAUUCCUGUAUAAAUCUCCUGUAUAAAAGUGUUUCUUUUUUAUGAGUUGAUUUCAAUGAGAACACCAGUUAUUUUGUUACGACUGACUGUUUUAUAAGUGUUUCUCGGUUCAUUUCUGCAGAAAAAUGUUCUAACUAGAAGUGGUUAUUGAUUGUUAAUUACACAAUUAAACUGUUUGUAUUGUACCACACAUUUCUCGGCGUUAACUUGACCAGACUCUUUUGACGGGUGGAGCGAGACCCCCCCCCCCUGCAGACGAAAAAGAUGAUGUGAAAUGUUUUUAAUCGACUCCACGUCUGAGCCGUUCAGCUGCAGCCACUGAACACAGUCUUUGUAAUAAGUGUAAAAAAAAAUAUCACACCUUAUGAAUCGUUGAUUGUUUAUGAUUGUAAAUAUAUUUGAAGUUUGUGCAAGAGCUCGGUGUACGAAUCAGCGUUCUGUCGUGCCUCUUCCUCUCAAAGCGACUGUACCGGAGCUCUUCUUCUACUACUGCUGAGUGUAUCUGACGCACCUGUGAAACCUGAAAUCAAUAAACGGAAGGUGUGAACACCUGUAACAGCGACAGCCCUCUGCAGGGAGUUUCAUAGAUAUGAAACAGCACAGGUGUCCUGACCUGGCUGUGAACCCCAGGUGAGGCCAGGUGUCUGCACCUUUAGGAAAUUAGCCUCACCUGUUAACACCCUGCGAUAUGUGCCAGCCUAUGUUGGCUGGCGUUCCCUUGAUGUUCUGCUCUUUUUUUCUUCUUUUUUUUCAUGAAUAAAAAGCCAGAGUGUAA